GCGGGGAGGGGCGGGAGCGCGCGCGCGGCCCGCACAGGCGGCGGCGGCGGAACAGCGGGCGGCCGAGCGUGUGGCCGCGGCGCCAACAACUCCUGUCGGACCCACGGCUCCGGCCCGCCCCGCGCGGUCCUCCGCCGGCAGCUGAGCCCGCCGCGCCGCCCGUGCCCUUGUGAGGCUGGCAUGCAGGAUGGCGGGACAGCCCAGCCACAUGCCCCACGGAGGGAACCCCAACAGCCUUUGCCACACCCCGGGGCCCGCGCACCCUCCUGACCCACAGAGGCACCCGAACGCCCUGUCUUUCCGCUGCUCGCUGGCAGACUUCCAGAUCGAGAAGAAGAUCGGCCGAGGGCAGUUCAGCGAGGUGUACAAGGCCACCUGCCUGCUGGACAGGAAGACGGUGGCUCUGAAGAAGGUGCAGAUAUUUGAGAUGAUGGACGCCAAGGCCAGGCAGGACUGCGUCAAGGAGAUCGGCCUCCUGAAGCAACUGAACCAUCCGAACAUCAUCAAGUACUUGGACUCGUUUAUUGAGGACAACGAGCUGAACAUUGUGUUGGAGCUGGCGGACGCGGGCGACCUCUCGCAAAUGAUCAAGUACUUCAAGAAGCAGAAGCGGCUGAUCCCCGAGCGGACGGUGUGGAAGUACUUCGUGCAGCUGUGCAGCGCCGUGGAGCACAUGCACUCCCGCCGCGUGAUGCACCGAGACAUCAAGCCUGCCAACGUGUUCAUCACGGCCACGGGCGUCGUGAAGCUGGGGGACCUCGGCCUGGGCCGCUUCUUCAGCUCCGAGACCACCGCGGCCCACUCCCUAGUGGGGACGCCAUACUACAUGUCACCCGAGAGGAUCCACGAGAACGGAUACAACUUCAAGUCCGACAUCUGGUCCCUGGGCUGUUUGCUAUAUGAGAUGGCGGCUCUCCAGAGCCCCUUCUACGGAGACAAGAUGAACCUCUUCUCGCUCUGCCAGAAGAUCGAGCAGUGCGACUACCCCCCUCUCCCUGGAGAACAUUACUCCGAGAAGUUACGAGAGCUGGUCAGUAUGUGCAUCUACCCCGACCCCAACCAGAGACCUGACAUUGGAUAUGUGCACCAGGUUGCCAAACAGAUGCACGUGUGGACGUCAAGCACCUGAACGUGGAUGCGGCGUGCCUGUCAGAGCCAGCACCACUGCCUUACAUGGGUCUUCUCUCCAAAGCGGCUGCCUGGUAGCCUAGAUCCACUAAGACAAGAGGCUCCCGCAGGUUCCCCAGGGGCCAGCUUUUCAGCAGAUGCUGACUGCAGAGCAGCUGGGGGAGGGGCACUGGUCACAUUACCGGUGGUCAAAUUCAAAAGUCCUUUCUUUAAACUUGUGAACAAUCUCAGCUGGGUUGUUAACAGGGUGUGUGGUUCAGCAAGCCACGACACACCCCUGCAAUGUGAAUCUUUAGGGUAAUUCCUUCAGUGACUUGGUCAAGGUUGAUGCUAACAGAAUUGCGGGACUGUAUGAUUUGUAGUGAGCCUUUGAAAAUGGCUGUAGCAAGUUCCGUUUAGCGCUUAGAAUCAUUUCAGUCGAGCUGUGUGUUUAAUUACUCUGUUGUUAAGGGAUAAAGUGGACAUAAUAUUUUAAUGAGUAGAGUGAAGACUUUCCUAAUGUUUUUAUCCACGUUUAUAACUUGAUGAACGAGGAUGAGAACCCAGCACCUGGCACAGAGCUUCAGAAGACAAACAGCAUUUGAAAGGCAUGACUUCCUUGCAGUCCAGCCCAGCCAUCCUCUCCUGACACCUGCUCUCUGCCAGGCACUUCAUCACCUGCCGGAGUGCUGUCAGUUCAUUUAAUGAUCAGUGUUAAGCAUUUUCCGUGGGACGGAAGCAUGGGAUACAAAGCUAUAAAUAUAAAACAUGCCUUCAGGCUGUUCUCUGUGUUAAGUUCUGGUUCUGUAACUUCCUAUCAUGACCCUGGGCAAGUUUCUCAGCCUCUCUGAGCCUUCGUUUCCACAUCUGUAAAAUGGGACUAAUGAUACCUACCUUCAGGGUGCUGUCAGAAUCUGAAAUAAAAUAUGCAAGUUGUCUAGCACAUUGUAGAUGAUCCAAAAAAUGGCAGCCCUCACCCUUUCACAAAACUCAAGUCCAUGGACCACGUAAAUCAAGAAUUAAUGUACAACUGUAUUAUGUCAAGGAAACUAGAAAUGUAUUUAUUUCUUGUUCCCAAAUAGGAUUAACUGUGAAGACUAAUUUAUAAAUGUGAACUUAAGGAAAACUCAAACUCUGAAAGAAAUAGAUUGAAUUUUGUCUUUAUACUCAAGUUAAUCCUCAAAUGGUCCAAGUUGUUGUCCACUGACUUGGUGACAGUUCCGCCCUCCAGACAGAGCACAGGCGCCCCUCCAUAUGCAUCCUGACCUGACCGAGCUCCCGAUAAAGGACUUGGGCUGGGCCGCUGCUCUGUUUCCAUGUGUGACCUCUGUCCUACUGUUAACACUGUCAGGUUUGAGAUUUUCUUCAGAUGCCACCUUUGCUUUGUAUGUGUCCUCUAUGUUUGAAAUAAAACUGGGGAAGGGGUUA